AUGCAGCAAUAUUCUUCUAUAAACUUCAAUCAACCUUUAAUAUCUCCCAAACCAGUUGAAAAUACAAUAAAUGAAACUUUUUGUGCAAAACAUGAAGUAAUACAAAGGAGUAAAAGCCCUACUCCUUUACGUAGUUUAAAUCGAAUUCCACAACAACUCGAAGCUCAACAUGUAAAACCAAGCCAUACAAUAACUGUUGGAGACAAAUCUGUACUUUCUUUAGUAUGCAGUUAUAAAUAUUUAUUUAGCGGCUCUCAGGAUCCUUAUAUUCAAGUAUGGGACUUUCUUACCUUCCAGCAGAUAAAGACAUUGAAAGGGCACACGGGUGGUAUAUUAUGUUUGUACCUAUCAGAAGAUUAUGCUAUGUUAUUUAGUUCUUCAGGUGAUGGAACAGUUCGGGUUUGGAAUACAGAAUCACUAAAUUGUCUUUAUGUGAUACAAUCAAGCCAUGAUGUAGGGGACCUGUUUUCAAUAGUUUACUCUGAUUCUUUGGAAACUUUAUAUAUUGGUUGUCAAAAUACCAGUAUACAACAAUUUGAUUUGUCUGUUAAAGAAAAAUACAAAAGUUUGCAUUUGCCAAAUACAUGUAAAUGCUCUAAAUUCUUUGAUACUUUACCACCUAAAUUGUCGGAUGACAGCAAUGGGAUUGUGGCUGCUAAUGUUUAUGCUGAAAUUAGUUAUAUUUCCAAAAAUGAAAUUGAUGAUAUUAAUGAUGUCCCAAGAUACGAAAUUGAUGAUACAAUGGUAUAUUGGAAUAGUCAUAAUGGAUAUGUGUAUUCUUUAUUAUUGGGAAAGAAUAAAGAUGGUGAAAUCUUGAUUAGUGGAUCUGGUGAUGGUGAUAUAAAGAUUUGGUCUGUUGAGAAGAAUUCAAUGAACCUUUUACGAAAUCUAAGAGGCACAGAUGCUGGUGUUCUGACCCUUGCUUUGCAUGAAGAUUUAUUAUUCUGCGGUACCCAAGGUGGGGAUAUUAAGAUUUAUGACUUAGAAACUUAUCAGCACAUACGCUCUCUUAUGGCUCAUGAGGAUGAUGUCCUAGCAUUAGUAAUUAAUGAUCAUAGUUUAUAUUCCGGAUCUGCUGAUGGUACUAUUAAGAAAUGGAGUAAAACCUUUGAAAUUUCAGAUACAUUUAAAGACCAUACAGGAAUUAUACUUUCCUUAACAUUAUCACCUAUAGAGGCAUCGUCACGCAGACGUUGGUUGAUUAGUGGGGCUAAUGAUCAAUUAAUAAAGUUUUGGAACUUACCUGCGUCAGUUAACAGCCAAGAGUCAAUGGAUACUUCAACAACCGAUGUCAUGCUAUAUGCAUUAUCAAAAUGGAUUUCAUUACGCACAGUCAGUGGAAAUGAAAAAUAUCUUGAAGAAUGUUUUCGUGGAGCAAAAUUGUUGAAAAGUAUUUUUGAACAAUUAGGUGCUGAAGCUUUUCUGUUUCCAGGAAUACCUGGUCGAAAUCCUUUAGUAAUUGGCAAAUUCUUAGGAAUUAAAGACAAUGAAUUGGCUACUGCCACCACCAAUGUUCAAGAAGCACUUAAUAUUUUGGUCUAUGGACAUUACGAUGUCGUUGACGCUGAAGAAGAGGCGUGGUUAUCUAACCCUUUCGAAAUGCUUGGAAAAGAUGGCUAUCUUUAUGGAAGAGGAGUAACUGAUAAUAAAGGACCGAUGCUAGCAGCAAUAUUUGCGGCCAGUGAAUUACAACGAGAAAAAGGGCUAAAAACAAAUGUAACUUUUGUAAUCGAAGGUGAAGAAGAAAAUGGUAGUGAAGGUUUUCAUAAUAUUAUUGAUAAUUCAAAGGAAUUGAUUGGCGAAGCAGAUGUUAUUUUCGUCAGCAAUUCUUAUUGGCUUGAUGAUGAGACACCAUGCUUAACUUACGGUCUUCGAGGAGUAAUUCGUGCUACAAUUGAGAUCUCAAGUUCAAAAGACGAUGUACAUUCCGGUAUGGAAGGUGGAGCUGUUUCGGAACCAUUGAACGAUUUGAUUCGGGUGUUGGCAAAAUUGAUUUCUAACGAUAAUCAUAUUCUGAUACCCGGGUUUUAUGAUAAGGUCAGACCGAUUACAAAAUAUGAAGAGAAGUUGUAUGAGCCUAUUGUGGAAUUAUGCAAUAGACAAACUCAAAACACAAAUGCCGAAGAUAUUAAACAUUCAUUAAUGUCAAGAUGGCGCCACCCAACAUUAACCAUUCACAAAAUAGAUGUUAGCGGGCCAAACAAUGUGACAGUAAUUCCAAGGUACGCUAAAGUAGCUGUUAGCAUGAGAAUUGUACCAGAUCAAGAUUUAGAAGAGAUUGCUACAAAUUUUAUGGAAUAUGUUGAAUUAGUAUUUGGAGAAUUGAAGACUGACAAUGCUAUUAAAAUUACAAUAAAUAAUCUAGCAGAUUGGUGGUUAGGAGAUCCUGAAAAUCGAUUUUUUAAAGCUGCAGAAGAAGCCGUUAAGCGGGUUGGUGUUGAUUCUGCAAAUAUUUUUCUCGACUUUUAUAAUAUAAAUAAGCAAGCCAAUAUGAUAUCAGAAUGGGGAGUAAAACCAUUGUAUAUAAGGGAAGGCGGGUCAAUUCCCGCUAUUAGAUGGUUAGAAAAGAAGUUUAACGCGGUUGCAGUUAAUUUAUCUAUGGGUCAAUCAUCGGACCAAGCACACUUAGUAAACGAAAGAAUUAGAUUACAAAAUUUAUACAAUGGUAAAAACAUCUUUAAAAAUUUGUUUAGAAAAUUGGGUGAAAGUAUAGUAGUUUGA